CAAAAUUUUGUCAUGAAUAUUAAAAAAAGUUUUGGAUAUUUUUGAGGUUUACCGUUUACGGUAUCAGGUUUACUACCUCGACUUACUUUACUUUCCGUCCAGUCUUUCGGCCACUGCAGUUCGUUGCAUGAUUUAGAACAAGGUUUUUUUCACAAUCGAAGAUGGCCACGGAACUAGCAACAGAACGGCUGAAAAGUGAGCUGAACGUGUUUGGUAUUGAAUUUCAAUCCGACAGCGUUCUGGAACAACUGCACACUUUCGGAAUUGUCAGCGCUUUGGAUACUGACGAUCUGGUUAAUUCGUUCCUGGCAUUCCACCAACAAAGCAAGGCGAGAAGCAAGGAGAAGAUUGUUACAGCCCAAGAUGUCAGUCGCUUCGAGAAACAGUCUGCCCUGCGAGCGAAAGAGGAAAUUGACAAGGAUCCUGAUCCUGGUAUGCAGCCUGAGUUUCUCACUCCGCAGAAGAAUUCCGCUUCUGCCAAAUCGUCCACGGUUUUCAAAACGCCAACUAGCGCUCAUCGACCAACAAAGUCCACAGCAGCGUCGAACAAAAAACCGCAUGGUAGUGCUGGUGCUGGCGGGAAUGGACAACGUUUUAAUGGCGUAGGUUCUCCGCGGCUGGAUGCGUACAUGACAGAUCGGAUAAGCAAUAUCAAGCCAGAUGCAAAGGUAAAGCAACAGCCAUUUAACGAACGGAAUAAUCAGGGCGAAUUGGUGGCUUCGCAUGGAUUUCUACCGGAUGGGUACACCUGGCAGAAUCUUCCUCGAGCUACGUCCACUGUGAAAAUUUCCAUCCAAGAUCCAUCGUCGUACUUAACCGAGCAAUACCCAUUGAUGUUUGUCAAGUAUCACGACGUAGCAGUGACACUGAGCAGUAGUCUGGAAGAAUUGUGCGAAGAAAUGGCACGACAGUACAACAUCCCUAAAUUCUCUGCGCCUAAUGUCAUCGGCGAAACGUGCUACACCUGCGGCCGAAUAUUACCAAAUCCCGAUGGAUUGAAUGCAGAUAAUCUGUGGUUUCAGACAUCUGGACAGUUUGGAGCCGCCAUGUGCCGAUUAGAUAUUGGCAUGGUGAAAAACUGCGCCUUAUUUCCGGGACAGGUUAUCGUAGCCAAGGGAAUUUCCAACGGAAAAGUCUUCUCCGCAUCGGAAAUUUUUACGGGCGCACCUCCGAGGCAAGUUGAGCUGGCUUUACCAGAGAAAGACACGCUGCACAUUUUAGCGGCUUGUGGACCGUAUAAUUUGGCUGGCGAAAGCCAACCGGAGCCUUUGAAGGAUUUUAUUGGAUAUAUUAUCGACACCAAGCCAGAUCUGGUUAUAUUCAUGGGACCAUUUGUUGAUGAAACAUUGGCACGCAAUGAGGAAUUCAUGAACGAAACAACGUUCGAAAACCAGUUCAAAUCUGUGAUGCAUUUUAUAUUUGCUCAGAUCCCCGAGAACCUUCAUAUUCCGAUUAUCGUUGUUCCAAGCGCUGGUCAACUUGUGGGAAUGCCCGUCUAUCCUGUAGCAAGAUUUACUAUGGCCGAUUGUGUGGAAAACGCUGUCGCUUUCGCUAAAUCCGAUGUUACUCGUCUAGUAACCUUUAUACCGGAGCCGGCUCUCCUCAAUAUUAAUGGAGUAAUUGUUGGCCUGACAUCCACGGAUAUUUUGUCGCAUCUUAAUCAGCACGAACUGCGAUGGCGAUGCAAUGGACAAUUGGCCGACACUGCCGGACAUAUGUUGCUUCAGCAGAGCUUCUAUCCUUUAUAUCCGUCUAUGAUUCCUUCCGAUACCAUUGCUCAGAAGAAGUUUGCAAAGAUCACUUAUCAACCACAUCUUCUAAUUGCUCCAUCGGAGCUACCGGCAUUUGCCAGAUUUGUUGCGGGUACUAUUUGUGUUAAUCCUGAGAAAUUAGGACAGACUGAUUCUGGAGGUUGUUUUACGCGAAUUUUUAUUCGAACUGCGGAUGAUUACCAUAGUGACGCUGCAGCCAGAAUUGCGGCAGAUGUAAUUAGGAUUUAAUUUGAUUGUUUGUUCCAGCCAAUCUUUUGUCGGUUUUUGCAAAGUUUUCUUUUUUUUAGUUUUUUUUACUGUAUUUUGCUGCAUAAUGCAUAUCUAGACAUCGGAAUUUCUGUUUUAACAACUACAGUAAAUGAAAGGGAUAGUAGCCGAGCUGCGCUGUUUUUUAUUGGCAACCGAAUAUGCAUUGGCAACUGUCUGAUAAGAACAAAGUUGACACAAACA